AGCAUGUACAGUGAAGAUGAACUGGAAAAUCCACGAGGAGAAAAGCUGGCAGUACACUGCUGGAAACCCAAAGAAACUGCGCGUGCGUUAGUUUUUCUAGCUCACGGAUUUUCUGAACAUCUAGGAUUCUAUCAUGAAGUGGCAGAGUUUCUCACCAAAGAAGGAUUCUAUGUGUUUGGGCACGAUCAUGUCGGACAUGGGAAAAGUGGAGGACUACGAGCUUACAUCGAGAACGUGGAUGAUUAUUGUGAUGAUGUGAUUCAACAUUGUUCCCUGAUGAAGGCGAAAUAUCCUGACUUGAAGCUGUUUAUUGUUGGGCACUCCAUGGGAGGCAUGAUCAGCGUGAGGGCAUCCCUCAGAAACAAGGACUUCUUCCACGGCAUGGUCCUCAACGGUCCACUCAUUAUUCCUGGUCCUCAGAUCCUAGGGAUGGACCUUAGGUCAACUGCCAUUAAAACUUUUGUCAGCCGGAAUGUUUUUAAAUUUCUCUGUUGGUUUAACCCCGAGACCGCCUUGGGGAGGCCCGACCUUCGAAGAUUGACCCGGGACGAGGAUAUGCACGAGGUUCUAAAGAAUGAUGAACUGAGAUGGACCGGAGGCUGCAAGGUCCGUCUCCUCCUAGCCUUUACAGAUUGUUUGGACGCCAAUAUCAACCAACUUUCUGAAGUUCAGACUCCGUUCCUUAUCAUUCAUGGUAGUGAGGACAUUUUGUGCAAUCCUGGGGGCUCCCAUCUCCUCUACAGACAGAGUAUAUGUGAGGAUAAGAAGAUUAAGGUUUAUGACGGGAGCAAGCAUCAACUCUUCCUUGAGCUCCCUCAUGUACGAAAAGAAGCGUUCCAAGAUGUUGCGGAUUGGAUCAAGGAACGGAUAUGAGAUGCAGGAUGUCUAGUUGAAUAAAAAGAAACAAACCAUCUUGAUAUCAAUUUUACAUAUUUACUGUGAUUAAAUCUGCCAUUAUUACCAGAUAAUAUUGUUUUUAUAGUUCCUCGUUAUUGGAUACUGAUGAUACUCAUAGGAAACAUUGUAGCCUAUCAACAAUAUGAGAGUUGUUUCUUACGCUUUAUAUAAAUACAUUUGAA